AUGAGUAAAAUCUUUUACAAAGUUAGAAGUGGCUCUUAUUUAAAAUUUUACCAUAGAAACAUAGUAACAACUAACAAUAAGACUAAGAUAUCUAAUAAAAACACAAAGCUAGAUUUAUAUGUACCUUUUAAUAAAAACAUAAAUGUGAAUCAUGAGAGAUUGGAUGAUAAUUUUUAUAUGUAUGACAUAAAUUCGAGUAUAUAUAGGAUUUUAAAAUAUGUUCAUAUAUUAAAAAAAAAAAGCAACAACCAUAACGAUAGCAAUACAAAAACAGAUAAAAAAGGGCUAUCUAUAGAUCAACAAAUUGAACAAAUAUUUACAUGUUAUAUAUCAUUAUAUAAAAAUGUUGAAAAGAAUAUAUUUUUAAAGCUCACACUUGAGAUUUUAAAAUGCUCAAAAUUAAAUAAAAAAAUAAUGAGUGAUAUUGAAUUUUAUGAAGAUGUUGUUUCUGAGAUACUUAAUUAUGAUAAUAAAGAAGGAAUAGACAAUAAAACAUAUUUUUAUGAAUGUGCAAUAAAAAUAUUGUCAAUUUUUAUAAAAACUAAUGACUUUUUUGAAAAACCUUUUCAAAAAUUAUUUUUUUUACAAAUAUUAGAAAAUAUAAACACAGAAGAAAACAUAAAUAAUUAUAUGAACAAUUUCACCUUCUUACUUUCAUGCAUUACACAUUAUAAUCGAAAUUUAAAAAAUCAAUUAGUAGAAAUAUGUGAAAAUAACCCCACGGUAUUAUUAAAAAAUGUCCCUACUAAUGAUAGAAAUACAUUAAUAAUAAAGGAAAAAAAACAAAUUAUCCAAAAUUCGGUUGCAAUCAUUUUAAAUAUUUUUAAUAAAAUUAAAAUAUAUAACUAUUUUAGCGACAUCGAUGUUUGUAAUAUAUUUGACUUUUUAAAUGAAUUUAAACAGUAUCAUACGAUCAAAAAUGUUUUGUGUAAAGGCAUACAAAAAUAUUUUACUGUCUCAAGUGAAAUUAAAAAUAUGUGUUUGUUUUUGUAUUUUCUUUCAUCUUGUAAAUACUUCCUUCACUAUAAAAUUAUAAAUAAAGAAGCAUACAAAUAUAUAUAUAACAUUAUAGUUUAUCGAAAAAAUGAAUUAAAUGACCUUAAUAAUAUGAACUUUUUUUUAUUAGCCAUACUCAAGCAUAAUACACAAAUCAAACAAGAAAUUAAUCUGAAUAUACAACAAACCACAACGAAGCUACAUAAUGUAAUAUACAUUAAUAAAAUAUUAGACAAAUUCGAAAAAAGAAAAAAUCAAAAUAUUAAACGUAUUAAAAACAUUAUAAAUACUAAGCCUAGCAAUAAGCUUCAUUUGUGUUUAAACUUAAAAAAAAGUAUCAUACAAAAACGAAAAAUACAGAACCAAAAAAAUUUGUAUUUCUUUAUAAAGCACAUAUUUUUGAAAAAUUUAAAAACAAAUAAAUUAAAUAACAAACUUAAGAAAACAUUUUAUCAAUAUUUUUUACUAUAUCACAUAAAGAAAUCCCACACUAGAAAAAAAAAUUACCAAUCUCCAUGUGAUAUAAUAAGGAAUUUAAACUAA